CGGCUCUAGUACUGUUUUUGACUCCCCUUUGCAUAGGCCUCGACCUGCUUCUAAAAUAGGAGCCGAAGAAGUUCAAGCUCAUUACGGAACAUGGAAAGGCUCAUUGCCACUAUCUUUGACUACAUCCAUGACAUAGCGAAGGUUAGGCCUUUCGUUCUGCGCAUAGAUCUAGAGGUCAUUCUUAUGCAAAUGGGAAUUGAGAUGAUGACAUGGAUGAAUCACUGCGUCGAGACCGAGCAGAAGAAAGAUCACUAUGUCAUGCAAGGGCGGCUCGAACACGAGCUUUGGGUCAUGAUAACUAAUCUAGAAGCCCCAAACACCAUAUCUGGAGACUUGGGGCCAUGGCCACCUCGAUCACUGUCAACAAAGUGACCAUUCCUGCCGAGCGAGACAGUGAGAGGGCAUUGAAUGUACAUAGAUGAAAGCAAUUCUUGAAAUUAUCAACCGAUCCCUUCUAGGCCUCUACUUGAUGUCUCUUUGAUCCUGCUGGUAUGUUCUUCAUAAUCAUCCUUAAUCCUCAUCGCUGCUUUCCG